AUGGAGCCAGACGGUUUUAAUCGAAACUUGUUUGACCGGCGUUCAACUGUUGCUUUCCCUGGUAUGGAGGGAAAGUACGUUGCGAAGGGUCAGUUUUCUGGAAAAUCGAUCGCUGUUCUGAGCAGUGGUGGUGAUGCUCAGGGUAUGAACGCGGCUAUUCGUGCUGUUGUUCGUAUGGGUAUCUACUGUGGUUGCCGAGUGUACUUCGUGAAAGAGGGUUAUCAAGGUUUGGUUGAUGGUGGGAAUAAUAUCAAGGAAGCAUCUUGGGCUGAUGUCUCUGGUAUUUCUCAACUGGGUGGCACUGUGAUUGGUUCUGCGCGUUGCAAAGACUUCCGCCAUCGUUCCGGUCGUGAGAAGGCUGCGUUGAACAUGGUGAAACACAACAUCCACAAUCUUGUAGUUAUUGGCGGCGACGGUUCUCUCACUGGUGCUAAUGAGUUCCGUGUGGAAUGGUCCUCCCUUCUCAAUUCGCUCGUUGAAACUGGUGCCAUCACAUCUGAGGAACGUACAAAUCAUGAGCACCUGAAUAUUGUUGGUAUUGUGGGAAGCAUCGACAAUGAUUUCUGUGGCACUGACAUGACAAUCGGCGCUGACUCCGCUCUUCAUCGUGUCAUCGAAGCCGCCGAUGCGAUUGUUACUACCGCUCAAUCACACCAACGUUGUUUCAUUCUCGAGGUCAUGGGUCGUAACUGUGGUUAUCUCGCAUUGCUCUCCGCUUUGGCAUCUGAGGCCGAUUGGGUCUUUAUUCCUGAAGUCCCACCAGCUGAAAAUUGGCCUGAGCUUUUAUGCUCUAAGGUUUCCAGGAACCGUGAGCGGGGUCAACGUGUAAGCAUUAUUAUGGUCGCCGAAGGAGCUCUUGAUCGUGAGAGCAAACCAAUUACUUGCGAUAUGGUGAAAAAUUUGAUUACCGAGAAGUUGGGUCUUGAUACACGAGUGACAGUCCUGGGUCAUGUCCAACGUGGUGGACGUCCAUCAGCCUUCGAUCGAGUUCUCGGUAUUCGUAUGGGUGCUGAGGCUGUUUUGGCUCUCAUGGAUGCUGAUAAGAAACCUGAUUUGCCAGCUUGUGUUAUUACCCUCGUUGGUAAUCAGGCCGUUCGUCUACCUCUGAUGCACUGUGUCGAAAAGACUCGUUCUGUGGCUGCUGCUAUUGCAAAACGCGACUUCGAACAAGCUGUGUUCUUAAGAGGAAGGAGCUUCAUGUCCAACGUGGACACUUAUUUAACCUUGUCUAAGAUUAACCCACCAGCUGUUGAAAACAGGAAUAAACUUCGUGUUGGUGUUGUCAAUGUUGGUGCUCCAGCAGGUGGUGUGAAUGCAGCAAUGCGUAGUUUCACGCGUAUUGCCAUCACCAAGGGUUAUCGUGUUAUGGGCAUCUUUGAGGGCUUCCAAGGCCUUGUCAAUGGAGAAGUCAAGGAUAUUCUCUGGGAUGAUGUCAGAGGAUGGGUCUCCCAAGGUGGCUCUAAUCUGGGUACUCGUAGACCAACUCCAAAGGAACUUGGUUUGGAUCUUGUCGCCGCCCGUUUGGCCGAAUUCAAGAUCAGCGGUCUAAUGGUGAUUGGUGGUUUCGAGGCCUUUGAAUGUAUGAUCGAUUUAGCUGAAGGAAGAAGUAAAUACAAGGAACUUUGUAUUCCUAUGAUCAUGCUACCUGCUACAAUUAGCAACAAUGUACCUGGAACGGAUUUCUCUCUCGGUGCUGAUACUGCCCUCAAUGAAAUCACUGUUGCCAUUGACAAGAUCAAGCAGAGUGCCACUGGUUCCAAGCGUCGUGUCUUUGUUGUUGAGACAAUGGGAGGUUACUGUGGUUACCUAGCGACCAUAGGCGCAGUGGCUGGUGGUGCCGAUGCAGCCUAUAUCCACGAGGAAGCCUUCGGUAUUGAUGACUUGCGCGAAGAUGUCACUCAUUUGCGCGCAAAGAUGGCCUCUAAUGUGCAGCGUGGUCUGGUACUGAGAGCUGAAUAUGCUAACAAGAACUACACCACGGAUUUCAUCCACAAACUAUUCACAGAAGAGGGUCAGGGUAUCUUUGACUGCCGAAUGUGUGUUCUAGGUCACAUUCAACAAGGCGGUGAACCAUCACCAUUCGAUCGUAUUCACGGUACCAAAUUGGGUGUCCUGGCCAUUGAUUGGUUGGACACACAAAUGAACACUUUUCUCACUCAAGAAGGUUCUGUAUGCACCAGCAAUCAUGAAGCUUGUGUGCUUCUUGGUCUAAUCAAGCGCGCCUAUGAGUACUCUCGUGUGGAGGAUCUCAAGCGCAUAACUGACUUCAAACACCGUGUGCCUGUUGACAACUGGUGGCUCAACCUACGUCCCCUUAUGCGUAUUAUGGCCAAGCACGAGAGUUUAUAUGAGUCUGAGAGCAUUAUGCUUGGUGCUGAUAGAAUUUAG